UCCGGGAACCGAGCUGAUGGGAUUACCGCAUGAGACGAUCGGUAUCGUUUAAUGGUCGAAUUUGUUCCGACGCGUUGGGCGUUUCUUAGGCCUGUCAAACCACUGUUCCUCCCUUCUCCUUUAACAGAUUAGUUCGAUCUCAACUGGGAGAGCUAAACCCGCGAUCCUCGUUUUGGUCUCGGACGCCGCCGCUCUAUUGACGCCCGGCCCUCCUGCAUGCAGGUUUGCACCCACCUGCAGGAGUCAGUCUCAAGCAUUCCACCAACCUUACACCGUAUGCCUCCGAGACAACCCGGCGAUCUUGAGUCGCUCCCACUUGAGACUUGGGGCCACACAUGUGAGAACGACCCCUGAAAAGCCUUCAUCGCUUUCCGCUUUCCGGGCUCUGCCGACAAACCCGGUUAGCGACUGCACCAUAUUACCCGACCCGCGCCGCCGGCGCCGGCGCUACCGCCAUGAUGGACCAUUCCUCUCUCGCCGCCGCCCCGCCUCCUAUUCCUCGCAGGUCCCGAGAACGUGAACGUGGCCGGCACGGUGAUCCAUCUCCCGACCGCCGCCUCCGGGAUCCCUCCCACCCCGCGCCGCCCGCCAAGACGAGGCGCGACCGAGACCACAACGACGUCUUCGCCGACUGGUCCCCCCGAGAUCGAGAGCGGUACGCCGAGCGUUACCUCCGAGACCAAGAACCUGACCAGGUUGGCCCGCUUCCCUCUGCGUCACCAGAAGUCAUCUCGUCCCUCAUCACAUCUCUGUCGGCCAUAUCCAGGCCAGUGAGCAAUCACUUCGACGGCCCCUCUUACCUGAGCCCAAUCGGCCCAGCGAGCCCCAUUUCACUGUCGACCCCCGCUUCCCCCUCCCGCGGCGGAUCGUUCGGUGUCGACUACGGCGCGUACGCAAAACCGUCCCGGAACGAACUACGAGAAGAGGAUGCGCACCUAGAAGACGUCGCAGCCAGCGCUCCGGUUGUCCGAACGUCCAAGCCCCCCAGCGGCUUGUCGGUUCGGACACCCAAAUCCCCCAAGAGCCCUGGUGCUCGGGAUUCAUCCGGCCUGCGAGGUAUCCUUUCGCGACGAAGCAGCGGCGCGCUUUCUCGCCCAUCGAGUAGGGGCUCGGCAACAUCUGGCGCUGAGAGCAUCGGCAAGCUCAGCAUAGAGCGCAGCCAAGAGCCGCUGUCCCCCGGAGGCGAAGGUCACGCCCUGAAAAAGCAACAGUCAUACGACAGCUGGGGCAAGAAGGUCCCGCGGAAUCAACGCGGCCUGAUGUACAUGAGCAGCAAGGAGAGGUUGCGCGAAAAGGAGGCCGAGAAGAAACGGGCGAGCAUCGGCACGACCGGCGGAAACCAGAACAGGCACAGCUCGGCGAGCAAUCCGACGACUCCCCGCCUCGAUCCGCUGUCCGCCGAGUCAAUCAUAGACGAGGAGUCAAACGGGGACUUCGCUGUCGGAGAAUACAGCGCGCUGGAAGGACCUAUUGACACCCUCGCCAACCCUCGGCUGAUACCUACCAGAGAUUCGUCGCUGCGGAAGAGCAAGAGGUCAUCCGCGAGGGCAUCUCGGACCUCGAAACGGGAUAGCGAGACGGGCGCGUACGGCACGAUCUUGGAGCUAGAAGAACAGCCCGGCGGUGCUCGAAGCUCACGUACCGACGCGACGCAACGGUACCAAGCCAAAGGUCAAGGAAUUGACCAGUCAAGUCUCUCCGCAGGCUUCCCGCAGGAGAAAUCCGCCUCAUUGGGCAAACAGCGCUCCGACGCGCCUGCCAUGAGCCCCUCCACACCGGUGCUUGCCAUGUUUCCCGAUACUAAUGUUACCGAGGACGGUGCCCCUUCUCCCGCCGUGGCACAAGGACGCCGGCGGGACCGGGAAGCCAGUGCCGAGUACCGUCGGCGUUCCGGCCGGCUCACACCGGAUCCGUUCGGAGGAUACGCCAGUGAGGGCGGUGGGACAACGGUCAAGAAGAAGCGCAGCAGCACAAAGCUCAAGCGACUCUCAGGAGCGCCGAGUCUCACGCCCGAGAGCGCCGAGGCGGGGGCGACCGUGAAUAAAAGGCACAGUGAUCAGCCGACUGUCGCCUACGAGCGGCCACAGAGCGCCGACAGUGUAGAUGAUUCGGUGGAGAGCUAUUUAUGCAGCCCCCGGCUCAGCCAGAAGAUCAAGCACCCUCAGACAGGCCGGGUUGUCAGCUUUAGCGAGGUUGGGGACCCGAAUGGGAGCGCCGUCUUUUGCUGUGUGGGCAUGGGUUUAACGAGGUACAUUACGGCAUUUUACGACGAAUUGGCUCUGACCCUGAAACUACGCCUGAUAACGCCGGAUCGUCCGGGCGUUGGUGACAGCGAGCCGUAUGCUGACGGCACGGCAACGCCUUUGGGCUGGCCUGAUGACGUCUAUGCCAUCUGUCAGUCUCUCAAGAUCACCAAGUUCUCGAUCCUGGCGCAUUCCGCCGGCGCUAUCUAUGCUCUUGCCACCGCGCUCCGAAUGCCCCAGCACAUCCGCGGCAGGAUACACCUGCUCGCGCCCUGGAUACCGCCAUCGCAGAUGAGCGUGUUUGGAGCCAGCGAGAAGACUCCAUUACCCCCAACCAACGCCAUCCCCACCAGCCAAAGGAUAUUAAGAGCGCUUCCGACGCCGAUUCUAAAGGCCGCGAACAGCAGCUUCAUGACCGCGACAAGCUCGAGCAUAACUAGCUCAUUACCGAAACAGAAGCGCGCCAAGCGCGACAAGAAGAAUAAUAAGGAAAACAAAGAUCAACCGAAGGGCAUGUUCCACACAGCGCUGGAAAACAAGGAGAAUAUCGGCCCAGAGAAUUCGAAGAACUAUGCAACCAUACCGGCGGCCGACGAGGAUAUGGACCGCGUCCGGCCCGAAAACAGAAACGCCAAUGGCAGUACCCAGAACCACGGUAUCGGCGGCCAUCGACACCGCCGCUCCAAUUCUUCCUAUCAGGGUAGUAUGCGGCGCGAGUCCGAGGACCCGAUCCUCCUCUCGGCCGCGGCCCUAGCCACUUCGCAGGCCGCCGACCGCGAGCGACAGGAGCUGUACGACAGCCGGCUUACGCACGCGAUCUGGCAACUCGCGACAACAGGCGCCAACCCCGCGGUCGAUCUGCUCGUGUGCCUCGAACGCCGGCACACCAUCGGGUUCCGCUACGUCGACAUCACUCGACCCGUGGUGAUUCACCAUGGAAGCCGGGACACGCGCGUGCCGGUGGACAAUGUCAAGUGGCUGGGCAAAACGAUGCGGCGGUGCGAGGUACGCGUGCUCGAGGGCGAAGGCCACGGUUUGAUGGCGAGCGCGCAAGUGAUGGGUGGCGUGCUCAUGGAGAUCAGUACGGAAUGGGACGAGUGGUCCAGGGUGACGGGAGCCCACAAGAGAGAAAAUGAGAGGACGAGGAGGAACACGAUCGGGCAGCGGUGAGCUGCCAGGGAUAGAUUUACGGUUCUUUUGUGAUGGAGCGGUGUUCUUGAUUUGGCCAUGGUGUUCUUAUACCCCCAACCUUGGAUGAAUGUUUGGAAAGCCCAACUUGUCAGAUAUCAUGGGC